AUGGUUGGAACGAAAAGUCUCUCCGAACGGGAGAGACCGGCGAAAUUGAUCGCGAAGACACGCGCGUCCAUUCGUAAGAAACACAGAGCAUUGAAGACUGGUAUAAUGGAGAAGGAGAUCGUUCUGGAGAAACAAUUAAAACCUAUUAUCGAACCGUUGAAACAAAUCGUUGGAAACACUGCACGUGAAGUGUCCAACGAGAUUCAUCGAGGAGUAACUGAUUUGCGUCAACAAAUGCUUAAUAUGGUGAAAGAGACAUUGAACGAAUCGUUUAAAACGAUAGGAAAAGAUACGUUCACGCAGGCGCUUCAAAACAUAUUUGAUGAUAUUAAGAUGUUGCAUCACGGUAUGCGUAAACCACGAUGUGGUCUCCCUGACAUCUACGAGUACAAUAUAGGUAGACGUAAAUGGGCGAAAACACAUCUCACGUGGAAUUUCCAGCUAGCGGAUUCACAAACCUUGCAAACUACCGAAUUCGCGUUCUCGCUAUGGGCAGCGAAUUCAUCUUUAUCGUUCGAACGUAAAACGGUAAAUCCCGAUAUCUUGAUAUCUUAUCGUAGUGGGACACACACGUACGCUGAUCGUAGACGCAACGAAGAAAUUUGCACCUCUUCGUUAGAUGGACCUGGUGGAGUACUCGCUCACGCGUUCUAUCCUCCUACCGUUAACAAUUACAGCAGUGAAAUACACAUAGAUAGUGCAGAACCGUGGCAUAUAUAUCUAACUGACAAAUCUGCUAGUAGUAACAAGGACUAUCUGCUUAACACGUUAAUACAUGAAAUUGGACACUCAUUAGGAUUACCACAAUUACAUGAUUGA